GGUCUCAGUUCAGUUUUGUCGCCUGCGGCUGAAGCGUCGGACGGCGGAGCGGAGCGGCGCGUGCGGACAGAACCGGGUUACUAUGAGCAGCUAGGUGCGUGAGCAGGUCUGUGGACGGAACCGACGAGUACACACGGCGUCUCUCCUCCUCUGGCUGUCCUGGUCCCGGCCCAGAGCGCGUCCCGGUCCGGACUGUCAUUCAGAACCACUACAGCUCACGUGUUUGACGUCAGCCGACAGAUUUAAACUUUAUUUUCUGACAUUUUAUCCGCUCGGUCGCUCAUAUCCUCCUUUUUCAUAACACUUUACUGACUUUAUUUAGUUCAACUCGGUGUUUCGCUGUCAGGAAACGUCUCUGUACUUUUAUUUUAUUUUUUUUUAUUUUUUAAGUCACUCUCGGAUUAAGUCAUCGAUAUCAUCCAGUGAGAGAGGAGCGGAGAGGAGCAGCGGAGGUGUUCUGGACAGAGACAUGGUGACCGAGCAGGUCUGCAGCCUGUAGUCAUCCCUCCACUGCUGCUGCGAGCCGACACUCAAAGAGGCUGAACGAUCGUCUUCCUGCCAGUCGGACCAGAAUGGAGCUUCUCUGCGUCUCUCUGCUGCUGCAGAUGGUCCUGAUGUCCACCGCUGCCAGAGGUCCGCCCAGGGUGUCGGAGCGAGUGGCCCACCGGCAGAGCGUCCGUCUGGGCCGCACCAUGAAGCUGCCCUGCCCCGUGGAGGGCGACCCCCCGCCGCUCAUCAUGUGGACCAAAGACAACCGCAACAUCCACAGCGGCUGGACCCGGUUCAGGGUUCUACAGCACGCCCUGCGCAUUAAAGAGGUGGAGACCGAGGACGCCGGGACCUACAUCUGCAAGGCCACCAACGGCUUCGGCAGCGUGAACGUCAACUACACGCUCAUCAUCAUCGAUGACUCCAGCUCGAGAGGCGGAGCGGCCAAUGGCGACUCUGAACACGCCCCGGAGCUGGCUGGGAAACUGGUGCGUCCACGUUUCACGCAGCCGUCGAAGAUGAGGAAGCGCGUCAUCGCCCGGCCGGUCGGCAGCUCGGUGCGUCUGAAGUGCACGGCGAGCGGAUACCCUCGCCCCGACAUCGUGUGGCUGAAGGACAGUCGGCCGCUGGCGGACGAGGACGGCGGCGCGGCGGGAGAGGAAGGGAAGAAGAAGAGGUGGACUCUGAGCCUGAAGAACCUGACGCCAGAGCACAGCGGGAAGUACACCUGCCACGUCUCCAACCGAGCCGGAGAGAUCAACGCCACCUACAAGGUGGAAGUCAUACAGCGCACCAACUCCAAACCCAUCCUGACCGGCACUCACCCCGUCAACACCACCGUGGACUACGGAGGAACCACGUCGUUCCAGUGUAAAGUCCGCAGUGACGUCAAGCCGGUUAUUCAGUGGCUGAAGAGGGUUGAACCUGGUGACGAGAACAAGUUCAACUCCACGAUAGAGGUUGGAGACCACCGAUUUGUGGUCCUGCCUACAGGGGAGGUUUGGUCGCGUCCUGAUGGCUCCUACCUCAACAAGCUGCUGAUAACCAGAGCCAAGGAGGAGGACGCCGGCAUGUACAUCUGCCUGGGCGCCAACACGAUGGGCUACAGCUUCAGGAGCGCCUACCUGACGGUGCUGCCAGAUCUGAAGCCGCAGAACAACGCCGUCCCGACAGCCACGUCCCCGAGCCUCCCCUGGCCCGUCAUCAUUGGGAUACCAGCAGGCGUCGCCUUCAUCUUAGGCACCGCCCUCCUCUGGUUCUGCCAAUCGAAACGCACCUGCUCCUCUUCUUCUACUUCCUCCUCUGCUCUUCCCGUGCCCCAGCGUCUACCUGCAGCGAAUCGUGACCGGGUCUGCCCGGCGGCGCCUUCUCAGCCGGCCAGCGGGGACAAAGAUUGUCUCUCGUACGAGGACUACAUCGCCCACAAGCAGCUGCUCCUGGCUCAGGGAGGCGCCGGGUUGGCUCCUAAGGUCUACCCGAAGAUCUACACGGAUAUUCACACGCACACUCAUUCGCACGUGGACGGGAAAGUACACCAGCACCAGCACAUCCACUACCAGUGUUAGCGGCGAGGGGCUAGCUAGCGCACUGUUGGUGUUUCACAUCCAACAGUCCACACUAAUGAAAGCUACGUGCAAAAGACCGUGAGGAUUCAUAAAACAGGAAACAUGGGAUCACGCAACUCUUCCUCAUUAUGCUGCAGACACGGAUUUAUAAAAGACACAAACAAUGAAGAAUGUAAAGAGAGAAUACAAAGAUCCUUAUUAUAAUUUUUUUUUUUAGCCGGUCUGGAGGUGAAUCCAGUGUAAAUGUACGAGAGGAAAAAUCCCGCCGCAUGUUUUAUUCAAGCCGAGUUUUUCUACGAGUCUUUUUCUUUUAUCUGUCUCUGUUCUUUCAGUUCUUCGGACACAACCGCAACCUCCUCAACAGAAGCAGAAACUCGGCUCGCCUACGCUGCAAAUCUCUCAAGUGGAACAGAGUUACGUGGCAUUUUUAUCGCGCUGCCUUAUCCUGGAUCAUCUAUAAAGAACAAUAUAGCAUGUGUGUAAUGUUACAGCUUCAUUUCAGAGUAUAGCACCGUUCUCAGCCCACCUGAGCCUUAACAAAUGAACACCGUCUCUCCCUGGAUCCUCGGCGAGGACGACGGCUGCCGGUGUUUUUGCUUCCGCUGCUAUGUGUGUACUGAUGUGAAACCGAAGCACGGACGUCUUCUUCCAUCGGUUUUAUCUGCAGCUACAGUGCGUACAGGAUCUCCUCCGUAAGUACACCGACUGACAGUUUCUGCCCCUUCAACCUCCCGGAGAAAAAGGCGGCAUUUCCCCCCCCUGUUUCCACAUCACCUCGUUCUCAGCUUUGAUUGAUGCUCGCUGAGGGAUAAAGGAUAUCAGUUCUCCUCGUGUCAAACGUUCAACCUCUUUUAGCCAAACAGCACAAAGGGAAGAUCAACAGAGCCCAGAUGUAACACGCGGUGCCUUCUGAGAAUCGUUUCCAGAUUUGGUGGAUCUCUGUUGGAUCACUGGAUAUGUCACAGCUUCUCGUUAACCUGUUGUGAGAUUUAGAGGGUUGAAAAAGAGAGGAGCUUCAGUCAGGACGAGACUUCACGUCCUCAGCUCGUCUUCCUGAAGGCGCCUCACAGUUUGACCUCGAGUAUGAAAGAAGAGGUUUUGUGUGUUGCUCGGUUCUCCACACAUGGUUUGUCACAGAGCCUCUGCUUUCAUCUGGUGUCUUUUCUUUUAUUACCUAAGGAGGAAAAGGUUUGUCUCCUCACCUGCAGAGCCCUCUGUUCACCAGCUAACACUGAUCCAAACUUCUCUCAGCGCUUUGAAAACAUCCAUCUCUUGAUCUGAUUCUGUAUAUUUUCACUGACCACUAGUUUUACUGACCACUUUAAAGGUGCACUUUGUAGUUCUGAGGAAGGAAACUCUGAAUCAAUUGAUUAACACGACUGAAUAAAUAGUUUCCUCACACUUUUAUACUAUAUUUUAUAUCAUAUUCACCAAAUAAAUGUGUCCAUUCUUGUGUUAUUACCUUAUUGUUCUGGUAAAUAUUACAUUUCUGAGUUUUCCUUUUUCCAAAACUACACAGUGCACCUUUACCAGAUGUUUUAGAUAAUAAGAUUAAAAAAAAAUAAGUUUCUGUUUCACAUGCCAGUCAAAUAAAAACAAAAAUUUGAACUUCAAGGUUUAAUAGUCAUUCAGCCAUGGACAGAAAGGCAACUGCAUCCUGUUUUAAGGUAUUUUCUCAGUAUUGGAUUACAUUUUUACAUAUUUGGUCUUUUGUUAAUGUCAUUUGAAAGCCCCGACACAUUCAAGAGUGUUGGAACCACCUCUUCCAGAUCCAGAAUCAGCUCAACUUGUACAGUGGAUGUAAGAUAAAGGUCGUAGUUGUUUGGAGACAUCAGAUGAAUCAUAUCUGGAUUCCACUCAAUACAAAAACAAUCAUAAAGAAAAAGAUUUCAAGACCAAAAUGAUAAAAAAAAAAUCUGUAGAUUACUUUGAAAACUGCAACUAAAGCAUCCAAAUGAUCUGCAGAACUAGAACCAGAACCAGCACCAGCAGCAGCAGCGUGUCACACUGAUUCCCAUCCUGUUACUUUAUUUGUUGGUGUAUUUGUUUGACUGCUAUUUUGCGUUUCACUGCCUCUGGAAGGUGUCGGGACGUUUUCCUCGCACCGCACCAGAUCCAGACCUCAUCAGAACCAGCAGACUCUCUGACUGACGACACAGUCGGACCCUCUUAAGCUCUCAGAUGUUCCUCCUGUUGUUCCUGUGUGUGCGUCCAUGAAUCUAACCACUAAUAUGAAUAAUGUGUAAAACGAUACGCUCAGAUAAGAUUUAAGAUUUCAUCUGGAAGGCUCUGAGGCAGCAGGGCGACUUCGUCCGCAGAUGUUUGAACGUAAAAAACAAGUUUUUAUGUGAAUUAUUAAAGUACGUCAGCGUUUCUUUCUCUGCAAAAACCCAACAGUGAGAACUUUACAAGGCUGCGUUUAAACAGCCACGUGACAGGAAGUGAUUAAUGGAAAUCACCUGGGAACUUUAGUUACACAUGUGCUCGUUCUGUAGCGCGUAAAUCUUUAAACUCAAGGAGGAAAAUGUACAAAUAUAUAUAUCUGUAUGGAUGAUUGCUGACAAUUUCAGUUUUUAUAUUUAUUGGUUUGUUUUCUUUGCUGUGGACCUGCAGACCAGAGCUUUGCAACCGACUAGUCUCUUUCUUUUUAUAUUUCAAAUCUGAGGUGACCAAUUAAACACGCAGCCUUCAUGUAAGAUGAGCUACAACUGUUUAUCUGCACGAAGAUUAAAUAAUUACUCAACAAAAUGUGCAUCUCAAAAUCAGACAUGUCGUCUUCACUGUUAAUCUCUCAAGCUCUCGUCUGUUCACGUAUUAAAACAAAAAUCAUCUAAAAUAACAAAUUAAAAUAAAAGUAAAUGAGUAAAAUGAAAGAGUCAGCUCAUAUUCUGUUUAUCUCCCUUCAGCUGUAAACUGAAACUGGUCCUUGAGACAUUAUCGUCUGUCCCGUUCGCACAUUCUUCGUGUCCUCCCGUCUCUCGUGUUUUGAAACAUCUGCUGACGGAGUCGCCCUGAACAGCUGGAGCGUGUUUCUUUUUAUUUAGAACUUUUUGCCUUCCGACGCUCGCAGAGUGGAAAAGUUUCCAAACAGGAACAACGUUUGUCAAUCAAAAGCUUUAUUUUCAUUUUUUUUCUGUGAAGACCAUCGUCAGAUAGAGUCGCCGUCUUUUCGUUUUCGCAUGUUUGUCUCGUUGUGUUUGUGUCGAAGCUUAAGGACUGCCAAUAAACAGACUGUGUAUAUGUGCACUUAACCACUAGCAUGUACAUGGAAUGACAUUAGCGUUGAGAUUAUAGGAUCUGUUGGAUCGUUUAGGGAGAAUGCUUCGGACCAGUCAGCAGCUCCAGCAACACGUUGGCCCAGAAAAACAUUGUAAAAGCUCAAAGAUUAAAAGAAAAGAACAUGUGUUUCUAAUUUAUUUUCUGUUCAACAUGUUGGUUUUUAUUUUCAUAUAAUUGGGCAUUAUACUUGCAUGAGUGGAUUUUGUGUUCUAAAUAGUAAUGUAAGCUAUGUAGCAGAGACCAUGUUCAUGUCAUUGUAAGAUACUGUAUUUAUACGUGCCGACGGAAUAUACGAAAUUUUAUCGAUAAUCUUUGUAUCGACAAUCUUGUACAGUCUAUUGUCAUCUAGGUUAAAAGUUUUGUUUUCUCCCAUUGUAAUCACGUUAUCGGUGCCAAUAAAAAAAUAAAAAAAAAAGUUCAGUCU